AUGGACUGCAAUACCCAGGCCUCCCUGUCCAUCACCAACUCCCGGAGUUUACUCAGACUCAUGUCCAUUGAGUCAGUGAUGCCAUCCAACCAUCUCAUCCUCUGUCAUCCCCUUCUCCUCCCAUCUUCAAUCUUUCCCAGCAUCAAGGUCUUUUCCAGUGAGUCAGUUCUUCAUAUCAGGUGGCCAAAGUACUGGAGUUUCAGUUUUAGCAUCAGUCCUUCCAAUGAACAUUCAGGACUGAUUUCCUUUAGGAUGGACUGGUUGGAUCUCCUUGCUGUCCAAGGGACUCUCAAGGGUCUUCUUCAACACCACACUUCAAAAGCAUCAAUUCUUCAGCGCUCAGCUUUCUUUAUAGUGCAACUCUCACAUCCACACAUGACUACUGGAAAAAAAAAUAGCUUUGACUAG